AUGGCAUUUGGUGCUUUCCCAUUGUCCGAAGCCGCACGUCAUGCUGCAGAAAAACUAAUCAUAUCUUGUUACGAUUCUGCAGCAAGAACACUGAACGAAACCCGAGUUUUUUGUGCAAAGAAAUUUAUCCAAGGAAUCUCAACCAAAUCUCUGCUAGAUCGGCUCCCACCCACAGAUGAUGUCUUCCAGUAUCACAUCGCACGAGCAAAUGUCCAAAUAAAUAUCUGGAUGCAGGCGUGUGAAUCGAAUAUGUAUUAUCCUGAUCUGAAAGGUAAUGGUUACGAGGAGGUCGAUGGUGAGCUGGUCAUCAAAUGGAAAAAUCUGGAAAGUUACCCAAAGUUAACCGGGUGUAAAUGUAAAAAAAACUGUAAAAACUGCGGUUGUAAGCAGUCGUUGUGUACGUUUUUGUGCAAAUGUGAUCCUCAAAAAUGCGUGAGGAGAACUUCCGAUACCACACAGCAACAACAAGCACAAGCACAGGCGGCAUUCUAUCACAGACAUGUUGCCACUCGUGUUAGAUUUCUCUGGAACACGAUGCUAAUCGAUGAUGAAGACAGCGAUGAUGAUGGAACGAUUGAUCAGCGAACGGUAGAGGAAAAUGUUAGUGGGAAUGACGGAGAUGACUCGAGUGAAUACGAAUAUCUAAAUAGUGAUAAUGAAAGCUGUGCUUAUGAAUUAUAUGGAAAAUUAAGAACAGAUAAAACGAACAGUUACGAAGAUGAAAACGAAGAUUUGUAUUUCUAA